AUGCUUCUUGCGUUGACUGAUGCAUGCAUCCCACUCUCUCUCUCUCUCUCUCUCUCUCUCGCUCUCUCUCUCUCUCUCUCUCUCUCUCUCUGUCUCGCUCUAUCUGUCUCUCCCCCCGAUUUGAUAUGUUUAUAGGAACUGGAGUCGCCCGCGCUACUCUCCGAUUGCCAGUUGAAACGCAUUAGCGGCUCUCUCCCUUGAUUAUAAGAAGCGCAGACGGAGAGUCAGGGCGCGCUAUGGCCUCUAAAGAGACCACCGCUGCAGGUUUCGUUCACGUCGGCAGGGAAAACACAGAGAGCAUCAGGAGGCUCAUUGAGAAACAAUCUAUCAAGUUUGUGCGAGCUGUAAAGCAGGACACCAAGCACGGCAAAUCAGAGGACAGGAUACUGGUUCUGGCAACAUGGCGAAUGUACCUAUUUGCUGUCAAAGUCCCCGCCAAGGUGGAGGUUACUUUCAACUUCCUGGAAAUUCGAGCAAUGAACACUUAUCCAGAUCAUCAGGUUGUCAUAGACACAGACAAAUCGACCCACUCCUUGAGACUGCAGUCACAAGACCACCUUGAUCACAUGAUGAACCAUAUCAACUUUGCCCUCUCACGAAUAUUCAAUAACUCCAUGUAUGCUCCGACCAUCUGCCGAGCAGAGGGGGACGUCUCUGAUGGAGUCCUCCAGUUUUCACCAGACUCCGAAUCAUCUGUGGAGACUCAGAGAACCUGUGGCGGUUUCUCUGAGACCUACGCAGCUCUGUGCGAUUAUAACGGCAUCGGCUGUAAGGAGGAAGUGCAGUGGGAUGUGGACACUAUCUAUCACUCUCAGGACAACAGGGAGUUCAACCUGCUGGACUUCAGCCACCUGGACAGCAGGGACCUGGCGGUGAUGGUGGCUUCCAUGGCGUACAACACUUGGUUCACCAAGCUCUACUGCACAGACAUGCGCAUUGGGUCAGAGGUGGUGGAGCAGGUCCUUCACACCAUCAGUAAGUCCAGCAGUCUGGAGGAACUCACUCUGGAGAACGUUGGCCUCAAAUCAGACUUCCCUCAGAAAAUGGCGACGGCUCUGUCAGAGAAUCCUGCCUCUGCAAUCCACUCUCUCAACCUGGCCCACAACACCUUGGACAACCAAGGAGUGUCCAACCUCAUCCAGCUGGUGUGUCGUCUCAACAAAGGCCUUCGUCUGCUCAACCUCUCUAAGACGUCCCUCUCCUCCAAGGGAGUGAUGUCUCUCUCCCAGGCCCUCUGCUCCAGUGAUGACUACUCCAACUCUCUCCUUCACCUGGACCUGAGCAAAAACCCUGGGAUUCUGUCUGGGGAGGACGCCACGAACAUGUACCUGUUCCUAGCCCAGCCAAACUGUCUGGUUCAUUUGGACCUCUCUGGGACCGACUGCACUGUGGACUCGUUAUUCGGCGCUCUGUUGAGGGGAUGUUGUGUUGAUCUCGCUUACCUGAAUCUCUCCAAGAACUGCUUCUCUCACAGGAAAGUGAGGGAGACUCUUCCUGUCGUCAGACAGUUCUUCAGUUCAGCCUUCAGUCUUACGCACGUCAACCUGUCUUCCAUGAAGCUCCCUCCGGACACUCUGAGAGCUCUCUUCCUUGGCCUGUCUUCCAACCCUCACAUCAGUGACCUACACCUGGACCUCAGCUGCUGUGAGUUGAGGUCUGCUGGUGCUGGGGUGCUCCAGGAGCUGUUUCCCAGAGUGGCCUGUAUUGGUAGUCUGGACAUCUCAGACAACGGGUUGGAUGCUGAUCUGCUAGGGGUCAUCCCGGCCUUCUCCAGACACCCUUCCCUCAAACACUUGCUGCUGGGCAAGAACUUCAACAUCAAGGGCAGGGUGCUGGAUGAAAUUCUGCAGAAACUAGUGCAGUUAGUGCAGGAGGAAGAGUGUGCCCUGCAGUCCCUCUCUCUGGCGGACUCGCGCCUGCGCUCUCGGGGCACAGUGCUGGUGAACGCUCUGGGCAGCAACACCUGCCUGCGCAAGGUGGACCUGAGUGGGAACAGCCUGGAGGAUGCAGGGGCUAAGAUGCUCAGCAAAGCCCUGCAGAUCAACACCACACUCAGGAGUGUGACGUGGGAUCGCAAUAACACCACGGCUACAGGAUUCCAAGAUGUGGCUCGGGCCCUGGAACAUAACUUCACCCUGCAUUACAUGUCCAUCCCCCUCAAUGAUGUCACACAGGCUUACCGGAGUGCCCCUGAGAAGAUUGACCAAGCGCUGACCAAGAUCCAGCGUGCUCUGUUGAGGAACAACCAGACCCAGAGGUUCUCUCAGAAACAGGCUCUUCGUCUGCACCAAGGCCUGGUCACCAGCACUGCUGAACAGGUGAUGGAGCGGCUGUGUGUGCGUGUGCAGCAGCAGGUGUGUGCUCUCCGAGGCUCAGAAGAAGGAGAGGAGUUGCAGGCUGCCAGACAGGUCCUGAAGGAGGCCAGAAACUCCCGUGCGCUCUAUCCAUCUCUGUGUGAGCUGGCCCAUGUUCUCUCAGUGGACGGGCCUGUCAGACAGAAACUGGACUCUCUAGCAGGAGAGCUGGCCAAGGCUGCUGAUAAGGAACUACAGGUGAUAGUGGACUCCAUGGUGUCUCUGUGUCGGGAGCUGUGUCCCAUGUCCUCCUCCUCAGCUGAGCGACUCAACCCUCCGCUCUCCUCCGUCUCAGAACGUGUCUCCAUCCCUCGCUCCACCAUCCGCACCGCCCUGAUGGAGAGAGCGGCACAGGACAUCAACAGAGCCCUGGAGGACGUAAAGCUGUCGGUGGUCUCCUAUCUGACCAACUCCAUAGUGGAUCAGAUCCUUCAGGAGCUCUACACCACUCACAAAACCUUGCUGUGUCAGGUGUCCCAGGCGAAGCGUUUGGAUGACGCAGGGACAGGCAGGCGCACCAUCAGACAAUCCAGAAUCACAGACUCACUGGACUUCCCCGACGAGGAAGGCCUGGGCAUGAACAUCGACACCAUCGCCAUCAAGAAACGUAGCUCCAGAACCAGAAGGAUUCGUCCGGUGUCAACCAGAUUGAGUCUUGGUGAUGAUCCCACCUCCUCCCCGACUCACUCUGGCCCCCUAUCCCGCUCAGCAUCAUGGGAGGAUCUGUACACCCUGCCUACCCAGGGUGCACCACUGCGCCACGUGACACAGGUCAGGCCACGGCCCCCGCGAAGACACUGUCGAGGACAAGUCCCCGUGGAAACACACUGUUCAGAGAACGGAGGAGUCAACAUGCUGGAGGAUGGACUGCCAGAUUUCUAUACCAAGAGAGUCCUGCCUGGCAGUCAGCUGUCACUACUCCAUCAAGCUCAGUCCCUGAGGAGGAAGAAGAGACGCAGUGUGCUGUCGAUCUUCUCUGGGUUCCGCAAGAACCGCAGCUCCACCAUCUCCAAUCAGGAAACAGAUAGUGGCUCAGAGAACGUGUACUCUAUGAUUCAGCAUCCUAAGGAUCGUGGGAAGGGGGAGGCCAUCAUUGAGGUGGGAGCCAAUGGGAGGAUGAUGCCGUCCCCUAGGCCCAUCCAGGGCACACCACUGCCUGGGAUGAGGGGGGGCAGGCCUAGCCCCCACUGCCUCACACAGAGACAGCCUUCAGAUCUGGUCGGGAUGGUAUACAAUUGUAUCGGAGCAGAAGACGAGGACUCAGACAGUAGCUUUGAGAUCAGACCAGUGGGCAGAGACACAGACAGACAGAAGGACACGCCGAUUGCAUCAGACACCCAGACAGAGUCCCGUGCCAAUGGACAUGCAAUGUCCUCCGCUUCUCUGACAGACAAACAGGCUGACAUACAGACUGACAGACAGACUGACAGACAGACAGAGCCAGUCUGUCAGGACCUGCCGAUGCCCAGCACUCAGACAGACACACAGACGGAGGUGGAGAGACGGACAAAGGAGACAGAGGGGACGGAGUCCUUGGAGGACAGGAAGGAGGGUGCCCCCUGUGGACAGAAACCAGAACCCCCUUCUCAAAGCAGCAAGCCCAGCCUGGCCAGCAUUAAACAGAGACACCUGCAGGGAAGCUCCGAGAAAUCAACUGAUGGUAUAGGAUGGACAGAGGGAGACAGGGUAGAAGAGGAGAAUAAUGAAAAGAGACGUGAGGGUGUGCAGAAAGAAAGAGGGGCAGAGGGGCAGCGGCCCCCCAUUCCUGAAAAGCCUGGUAGAGAUAAGACCUCUCCAAAGACACUGCCUCCUGUCACUCCGCCUGAGGAAACCACCAAUGAGAAGAAAACCACACCUCCUGUUCCACCUGCCUCUGCCAAGCCCUCUUUUGAUUUGUCUCAAGCUCCUGUCAGUCAAGACGAAGGGACUAAUGAGAAGAAAAGCCUUCCUCCUGUGCCUCCUGCUUCUACCAAGCCUGUGUUUGACUCUCCUGAUCAUGCUGGUUGUCAAGAUGAGGCGGGAGGAAGAAAUGGUUAUCCACUGAAGCCGCAUCGCAACAGGAAGGCAGACUCAUGUGACAUGGGCAUGGAACGGAAUAGCCCCAACGAUCUGGAGACGGGGUCCUCAGAUCGCAAACCCCCUGUGAAAAGACCCAGACUCCCAGAGAACAGAAACAGAUCUCUGGACUUCCCCAGGACUGUCUGUCCUGAGAGUCCAGAGCCCGCCAACGACAAUGGUGUGACGUCGUCAUAACAACAACAACACACCGGAGGCGAAGACAACAUUCUGGACAACUGGAGGGAGAGGAGAGUGAAGAGAUGGAGAGAGAAGGGAAAUGAUGAACUUGAUCACCAUAGACCCAACUGUGGUUAUCCUCGUAUACAGCAUUCAUUUCCUUCAUUUUUACGAAACAUGCAUGUACACUCUGCUUUUUUUCCUCCCUCAUACUUAGUUGCACUCGCCUUCAUUCCUUUGCAGAGGGACACGCGCACACACACACACACACACACACACACACACACACACACACACACACACACACACAUUUUUACCUUUAUAUUUGAGUCAUUUAGCCAACACUCUUAUCCACACAGACACACACACACACAGAGAGGUCUCUGAGGGCCCUCUGGUAUUCUCAUGCCGCUGUUGUUUCUUGCACUUCUUGUUGUACAAAGAUCUUUGAUCAUACUUCUGAUUCUCCCUCGUCUCUCUUUUAUUGACAAUCUGUGACCCUGUUUCUGUAAGAAUGAGUCGGUAUGUAUUCGAAACUAGUAUUAUGUAAUUAUUGAACAUAAGUGAACAAACUCUGCACUAACCAUUGUUAUUACCAAGUCAUUACAUGGUAACGGGUAACAUUCAUGCUUUAAUUUUACAAUAAGGUUAAGAUGACUGUGAGUGUGUUGUAAGGAUGUUUUUCCUAUUGAGAAGAUGGUAAUAACGUGUAUUGUUUAACAUUAUUACAGUAAUUUAGUAGUUGGUCAAUAGAACAAUGGCAGUUUUAGUCUGUUUUAUUCAUAUUUUACAGGACUGAAAUUAGUAUAUUUUCAAAAAAAUGCUAAUAUAAUGAAUCAAUCAAUAAAAUGGACUUAACUAAA